UGAUGCAGGCAGACAGCCCUGGGAGGUGGAGCCCCGCGCCUGAGGAGUCCCCACCGCAGUCGCGCUCUGUCUACCCCUCCGAGCAGCAGCCGCCAGCCCCAGCUCCGGAGACCUCACAUUGAAGCGUCAGGGACCGCGGGAUCCACCCUGUUCAGGCCUGGGGGCGCCUCCGCCACGCCCAGCCCCCACCCCUCCUAGCUUCCCGGACGGCUGAGCGACUCCCGGGGGAAGCGGCUCCCGGACGCUCGGCCGCCGCCCGACCAUCUCGGCUGCCAGCCCGACUGGGCACCGGGCAUCUGCGAAGCUAGUCCUGUUUGGCACUGGCCAUCUCCGGGCACCUACCGUCUCGGGCGCCGCCCAGCUUCUUGCGACUCCCGGGCCGUGGACUUCUUGCCCUCCCCGACCCCGGCCGCUGGGCAGGACGCCCGUGAGCUUCCCGCGACCCCAGCCCCUUCGGCGCCGCCGCGAUGCUGCCCUGGAGACGGAACAAAUUCGUGCUGGUGGAGGAUGAGGCCAAGUGCAAGGCGAAGAGCCUGAGCCCGGGGCUCACCUACACGUCGCUGCUCUCCAGCUUCCUCCGCUCCUGCCCGGACCUGCUGCCCGACUGGCCGCUGGAGCGCCUGGGCCGCGUGUUCCGCAGCCGGCGGCAGAAAGUGGAGCUCAACCGGGAGGACCCGACCUACACCGUGUGGUACCUGGGCAACGCCGUCACCCUGCACGCCAAGGGCGAGGGCUGCACCGACGACGCCGUGAGCAAGAUCUGGGCGCGCUGCGGGCCGGGCGGGGGCACGAAGAUGAAGCUGACGCUGGGGCCGCACGGCAUCCGCAUGCAGCCGGGCGAGCGCAGCGCCGCGGGGGGCCCCGGGGGCCGGCGGCCGGCGCACACCUACCUGCUGCCGCGCAUCACCUACUGCGCGGCGGACGGGCGCCACCCGCGCGUCUUCGCCUGGGUCUACCGCCACCAGGCGCGCCACAAGGCCGUGGUGCUGCGCUGCCACGCCGUGCUGCUGGCGCGGGCGCACAAGGCGCGCGCCCUGGCCCGCCUGCUCCGCCAGACCGCGCUGGCGGCCUUCAGCGACUUCAAGCGCCUGCAGCGCCAGAGCGACGCGCGCCACGUGCGCCAGCAGCACCUCCGCGCCGGGGGCGCCGCCGCCUCGGUGCCCCGCGCGCCGCUGCGCCGGCAGCUCAACGCCAAGUGCGCCUACCGGCCGCCCGCCGCCGAGCGCGGCCGCGGGGUGCCGCGCCUCAGCAGCAUCCAGGAGGAGGACGAGGAGGAGGACCCGGACGCGGAGGAGCGCCCGGAGGGAGCCCCCCAGCCCGAGCGGGCCGAGGUGCUCAGCCUGACCCGGGAGCUGAGGACGUGCAGCCUGCGGGGCGCCCCAGCGCCUCCGCUGCCCCCAGAGCCCCGCCGCUGGAAGGCCUGCCUGCGGGAGCGGGCGGGCCAGGCGCGCUGAGAGCGGACCCGGCAGGACUCCCGGCCCCAGACCCGGCCGGCCUGACACAGCCUCCAACCCCGGCCCUACCCGCUUGGCUCCUCCCUGGCCCCUGGCCCCUGCCUGCCUCGUGGUCUCCGUUGUCUGUUCUGCGCCUCAUCCUGCCUCGGGGUGACGCCUGAUAUGCCCUUGAUUAUUUGGGGACAAGUUGGGGGGAGGAGUAGCCAAUGUUCACCUCUCCCCCCACCCCUAUCCGGAGUUUCUGGGCGCCCUCCAUUGUGGAAUUGCCUCCUACGCUUUACACCAAGUCUCUUUGAGAGAGACAAAAAAAAUUUUUUUAAAACCUCAAGAUAAGGGGGGAGAAGUUUCCAGAAAUCCUGGAGGGUGGCUUGGACCUUGGCCAGGUGGAGCCAGCGGCCCUGCCCUUGGCAGCCUCGCCUUUCUCCCUGGGAUGAGGAUGACCCAGGUGAGGCAUUCUUGUAGGGGAAGAAUAGUGGCUCUGGGGAAUGGAGGCCGGGCCCCAAGAUGGGAACUGAGUGUGCUGCCUACACAAAAGUUGAACUUCGCAGGCCCUCUGCCUGGCCUCGCUACCCCCUGGAGAAGACUGGGAUGGUUCUACCAACCCAAACAGCAGAUUAGGCCGGUAACAGCUGUUUGCACCAAGCCUGUGCCGGCACCUGGCAUCCCCACAGGACUCCUCAUCCACCCCAUCUCUCUGCAGACAGAUGUGUGUGGUUCCCCGCUAGGUGCCCCACAACCAGGACCAAGACAGGGCCUCCAGAGGAGGUAAGGAGAACCUUUGGCCGGGGUCUGGGGACACUGACUACCCAGAAAGUGGAUGUAGGUGGGAUGGCCCCAAGUGGAGGUUUGUCAGAGCAGGAGGGACCUGCCAGCAGCUAGAUUCUCAAAGCAGGGUGAGGAAGGAGGGUGCGUUACCCCAACAGAGGGAGUGGGCCCCUGCCCAGGCGUCUGUCAGCAAGGUCACAAAAAGCCCAAAGAUCUGUGUGUCACCAACUGAUCAUUGUAAAUAAAGUGGAUUUGCUUUUUCA